GAAUCGCGGAGUGCACAUGUCCAGUCUGGUAAAUGAAGACUUGUCUCAGCAGCACGAUGAUUGGCCUGAUUGUACUCACACUCCUGGGGGCUGCAGCGGCAGCUCCUAUGGAUGACAGGAUCGUGGGGGGUUAUGAGUGUGAGGCUCACUCCCAGCCCUGGCAAGCCUCUCUUAACAUCGGCUACCACUUCUGUGGUGGCUCCCUCAUUAACGACCAGUGGAUCAUCUCUGCCGCCCACUGCUGGAUGAAUCCUUGGAGUCAGCUUGCCAUCCUGGGUGACCACCACAUCUGGGAGCACGAAGGAACGGAGCAGUACAUGUCUGUGGACGCCAUCUACUGGCACCAGAGCUAUGACUACCAGACCAUGGACCACGACAUUAUGCUGUUGAAGCUGGCACACCCUGUCACUCUCAACAAGUUUGUCAAGCCCAUCGCCCUGCCCACAGCCUGCCCCAAGGCCGGUGACAUGUGUGUGGUGUCUGGAUGGGGAAACAUCUACACCGACUCGGUGUUCAACCCAUUUAACCUGCAGUGUGUGAACAUCCCCAUCCUGUCUAAGAAGGCCUGUGAGGAGUCCUACCCUGGCCAGAUUACUGAUACCAUGGUGUGUGCYGGAUACCUGGAGGGAGGCAAGGACGCCUGUCAGGGUGACUCCGGCGGUCCCCUGGUAUGUAACGGAGAGCUGCAUGGCAUCGUGUCCUGGGGUGUUGGCUGUGCCCAGCCCAACUAUCCUGGUGUCUACACCAAGGUCUGUGCCCUGCUGCCCUGGAUCGAUGAGAUCAUCACCAACUACUAGCCUGUACCCUCCACACCAGAGUAGAGAGAGAGAGUGAGAGAGAGCUAGAGAGAGAGAGAGAGAGAGAGAGAGAGAGAGAGAGA